CCUGGAUAGCCCUCCGAGAUUCCUCGCUUUUCUUUAUUUGUACAGUUGUAUUUUCAUAAAUUAUAACUCAAUGGGUUUCGGAAGUCCCGGCGGCGGAGCCACGAACAUCAAGCCCACGCCGCCCGAGCGAGGCAGCUUUCCCCUGGACCAUGAAGGCGAAUGCAAGCACCUAAUCUCGAGCUACCUCAAAUGCAUCAAAUUGAGCCGGGGCGUCAACGACGAAGAAUGCCGCAAACUGGCCAAGGGAUACCUGGGGUGUCGGAUGGAUAAGAACCUCAUGGCACCGGACGAUUUCAAGAACCUAGGGUUGGUCUUCGAGAAAGAGGGGGCCCAGAACCAAGAGCCGUCAACGAAGUCAUGAGAUGUGAUGCACUGGUGACCGCCUGCUGCUUGUGCAUAUAGAC